ACAGGUCUUUGAAAAUGCGCUGGGAGUGUGUUUACACAUGCGUGUGUGCUUGUCUAUUAAAGGGGCCCAGGUUAAUCCAGGUGUAUUAAGACACCGUUGCCCGGCUAGUCCUUGCAGGCCUUUUCUGAACGUUUUGCCCCAGGACACUGACUCUGUACAGGAUGGGGCCUUCCUCGUGCCUCCUUCUCAUCCUCAUCCCCGUUCUCCAGCUGAUGAUCCCAGGGAGUACUCAGUGUUCUUUAGACUCCAUUAUGGAAAAGAAGAUCAAGGAUGUUCUCAACAGUCUAGAGUACAGUCCCUCUACCAUAACCAAGAAGCUCUCGUGUAUUAGUGUCAACAGCCGAGGCAGGCUGUCCUCCUGCCCUGCUGGGAUGACUGUCACUGGCUGUGCUUGUGGCUAUGGCUGUGGUUCGUGGGAUAUUCAGCUGGAAACCACCUGCCACUGCCAGUGCAGUGUGAUAGACUGGACCACUGCCCGCUGCUGCCAUCUGGCCUGAGAGGGAAGAGGCUGAGAACUCAGUUUUGUGACCAUGACAAUAAUGAAACCAGGGUCCCAACCAGGAAAUCCAACCCUUCAUUUGUUCCAGUCCUGAUUCUUGGGUAAUAAAAAUAAAUUUUGUACCUC